CAAUUUUUUUCAGUGAACCAUUCCUACCAUGACCAGUGAGGGAUAAUUUGGCCCUUGGAAUACACCAUGGGAUUAUUUCACCAACCUUAUGCACUUUUCUUAUUCUCAUGUUCUCUUUGAGCAGCCUGCUGGCCUUUAUCUAGUGAAAAUUCAGACGAGUCCUAAUGACAGCAUGUUGUGGGCGCUGGACAACAGAGGCAAUGUGCAUGUGCGCGUCGGCAUCACUGAGGAGAUGCCUGUUGGAACUGCCUGGGAGCACAUUCCUGGACUACAGGCAAGUCAACUGGUUCUAAGUCUGAGGACCGCUUGGGUUCGCCUUUAUAAUGGUGCAGUGGCUCGUCGAUACGGCAUUACAGAGAAGAACCCAGCUGGAGACUACUGGAAGAAGAUCCCAGGACUGUUCAGCUGGCUUGCAGUGACCCCGAUGGAUGAACUGUGGGCGGUUGCUCCUACUGGUGCUCUCAACCAGCGCCUUACCAAGACUCUACAAAACAAUAGGAGCAAAAACCAUGGCAACGUGGGUUCUCUGAGUGGAGAGGAGCUGGAGGAAGAGUGGGAGGUGAUUUAGAUGCCACUAAUUGUGUCAAAGCAUCCCAGAAUCACUGUUCUGUGAAAUAUCUUUCUAGGCACUUUACUCAUUUCUUCUUAAAGGAGUAGUUCACCUAAAAAAAAUGAAAAUUCUGUCAUUUACUCACCCUUAUAUGUUGCUCAAAUUCUUAUGAGUAUAUUACGCUCUAUUGAAAUUGAAAUAAUACACUCUAUUGGGGGUGUGUUUUUUUAAUUCCUUGUGCACCUUAUGACCUGAAAUUGUUUCCCCAUUUUGUUUUA